CAAAGUUUACUGGAAAUCAAAAACAGAAAGAAUGGAGUCGGCAGAAAGGAGAAGUUUGGCAAAGACCCCCAGGAAGGGAGGGAAACCUAAAGCUCUCACCGCCGAAGAAGAAGCGAGACGGAGAGAGGCAGUGAAGGAAAGGCUGCGGGAGAAGCUGGAGCUGGAGAGGAGAGCUCUGCAGGUGGUGGAGAGGCUCCUGGAGGACAGGGUGACCGAGGACUUCCUGACUGACUGUGCAAAGUUCAUCACUUUUACCAAUUAUAAAGACACUGUGGAGGAGAGAUUCAUCUCUAAACUGUGUGGUUAUCCUUUAUGUCCAAAUAAACUUGGCAAGAUCCCCACACAGCAGUACAAAAUAUCCACCAAAACAAACCGAGUGUAUGACAUCACGGAGCGCAAGUGUUUUUGUAGCAACUUCUGUUAUAAAGCCUCUAAAGAGUUUGAGCUGCAAAUAUCAAAGACACCACUUUGGCUCAGGAAACAUGAAAGCCCUCCAGAUAUAACGUUGCUGAAGAAAGGAGAUGGUGGGAGCUCUGGUGAGGAGGUGAUGCUGUCAGAGAGGCGACUCAAAGAGGAUGACGUCGAGAACCCGCAGGCCGCUCCACCUGAAAACCUUCAUGGCUCUCUGGAAACCUCCACAGGAGGUGACAGCAGCGACGGGGAACAGGAGCAGGACUUUGACCCCACUGUGGUCUCCCAGCAGGACAAACCCCGCGUGCACUGGUGUGAUCAACUGGAACGCUCGGAUCAAGACAGAAAAGUGGAACGAAGGAAGAGACAGGACAGAGAAAAUAAACAAAAUGAGCACCGUCAAACUCACAGCGCAGAAAAAGAAAACGUGUUAAGAGGCGAGAAGGAAAGAAAAGAGCCGGACGCUGGAAAACUUCAUACGGCAGUGCAAGAACAGAGAGACUCCUCUAAGGACCAAAGUCUGGAAGAAGCCACAGAAAAGAUAAACGAGUGUAAUUUGUCAAAGGUCAUUCCUAACACGCACCCAGAGGCAGAAGACACGCCCACCUCUGCUGCAGCGACAGGAACUGAACCCUCACCAGGAAGCAAACAUGGCUCUUCUACAACUCUGACUGCAGGACUCAGCAUCACCCAGGUGGGUAUGAGCAGGAGAGGAGCAGACUGCCUGCGAGAUCUGCUGAGGAACCACGCUGGAGAAUCCAAACGGGACUCGGUGCGACUUAAUCUUCUGGAAUGUCUGAGGAGAACACUAAAGGAAUGGUGCACAGAGGAGACCCUCCAGUUCCUGUACGGUGAUGAUCAUUCACCAGUUUCCUCCUUCGUCGAUGUGAAACAGGAGGAGUUGGACGAAGAUGAUCUGGACGAUGAUGUAACUGUUGCUGGAGAGCUAAAGAGGCCAUCAGCUGCAGCUCCAGACUAUGAGAUGCUGCGGAGGCGGACGGAAGAGCUGGAGCUCCGAGUCAGAGAGUUUUAUAAAGGGACGUGGGUUCUGCCCGAGGAGGAGCAGGAGCUGAACGGGAACAAGCGAGAUACGGUUCAGGACCAGAUCACGAAGGAUCCAGCUCUGCCUCUCAUUGACUGUCACGCCCAGCACCUCAUCCAGAAACGAAUCGUGGUGGAGAAGCUCAACAGCUGUCUCAGAACCGUUGUAGGUCCACUGGGUCUCACCUUGAGCGAGAUCUCCACUGACCUGAACAAUCUGGUCCGGACCUUUAGGUUCACCAACACAAACAUCAUCCACAGAACUCCUGAGUGGACCCUGGUAGCUGUGGUGCUCCUGCAUAUGUUGUCGGCAGUGUCUCCGGUGGUGCUGCAGGCCUUGGAGACGUCGGCGUCGCUGCAGUACUUGAACACACUGAUGGAGGAGCUCAGCCUGCAGGAGCAGGACCUUCUCAGCUUAGUCCAGAUGUUCAAAUCUCCACCACACCCACACCAGUAG